UGAUCUCCACCUACGGUAUGAUGUCACCACUGUACAGGAAACAGUAUAUCAAUAACUGCCAUAGUACGGACAGUCAGAAGUGCAGAAGAGAAGGGAAAGAUCUAGUAAAUAAAAGGGAAGGUCCAACAACGAAGGAAGAUAAAAACAUGUAUUUCCUUCCCGAGUUCUCCAAGGAAACAUGGAUUUUGCUAAUCCUUUUGCUGACACUUCUCACUUUCUAUGGGAUUUGGCCUUAUAGAAUUUUCAAAAAGUAUGGAAUACCAGGCCCUAAACCCCUGCCUUUUAUUGGGACUUUUCUGGAAAACAAAAAUGGUAUUGCUGAAUUUGACAUGGAAUGUUUUAAAAAAUAUGGCAAAAUAUGGGGGUUUUUUGAUGGUAGACAGCCAGUUCUAUCUAUUAUGGAUCCAGUAAUCAUAAAAGCCAUUCUUGUAAAGGAAUGUUACAGUAUAUUCACCAACAGAAGGAAUUUUGGACUAAGCGGACCUUUAAAAUCUGCGGUAUCAAUUGCUGCAGAUGACCAAUGGAAGCGAAUACGAACUGUGCUGUCACCUACAUUCACCAGUGGAAAACUGAAACAGAUGUUUCCAAUAAUGCAAAACUAUGGAGACCUUUUAGUGAAGAAUGUCCACAAAAAAGUUGAUAACAAAGAACUUCUAAACAUGAAGGACAUCUUUGGAAGCUACACCAUGGACAUUGUUCUAAGUACAUCAUUCAGCGUGAAUGUGGAUUCUCAGAACAAUCCCAAUGAUCCAUUUGUGACCAAUGCCAAGAAGCUUUUCACAUUCUCCUUUUUCAAUCCAUUGUUCUUAACCACAGUGCUAUGUCCAUUCCUUAUACCUUUAUUGGAAAAACUGAAUUUCUGCUUUCUUCCUAUAAGUGUUCUCAACUUUUUCCAAGAUGCCAUAAAAAGUAUCAAGAAAGACAGGCAGAAAGGUAUUCAUACGGACCGGGUGGAUUUUCUGCAACUUCUGGUUGAUUCUCAGACCAAAGAUGGCACAUCAUCAGAAGAGGAGAAUCAUGGUUACAAAGAAUUGACGGACACUGAGAUAAUGGCCCAGGGACUUAUCUUCAUCAUAGCAGGCUAUGAGACAACUAGCACUACACUUAUGUUCAUGGCCUACCUCCUGGCAACACACCCUGAUGUCCAAACUAAACUGCAAGAAGAAAUUGAGACCCAUUUACCUAACAAGGCUCCUCUUACUUAUGAAGCUCUGACGAAAAUGGAAUAUUUGGACAUGGUGAUUUAUGAAAGCCUGCGACUGUACCCUGCAGCUGGGAGAAUUGAAAGAGUCUGUAAGAAAACAACAGAGAUUAACGGAGUAACCAUCCCAGAGGGAGUUGUGACUGUGAUUCCAGCUUAUGUUUUACACCGUGACCCUGCACUUUGGACUGAUCCAGAGGAGUUCCGACCUGAAAGAUUUAGUAAGGAGAAUAAAGAAAUUCAAGACCCUUACACCUUUCUUCCAUUUGGAUUUGGGCCCCGCAACUGCAUUGGGAUGAGGUUUGCUAUGGUCAACAUGAAGUCAGCCAUCACCAUGCUACUACAGAACUUCAGUUUCCGAACCUGCAAAGAUACUCCAAUCCCCCUGAAAAUUGACACCACAGGGUUCCUAAAGACAACAAAACCUGUUAUACUCAAUCUGGUGCCCAGAGAAGACCAGAAGACAGAAAAAUAG